AUGAUGACUAGACUAAGUCGAGAGCUUUCAUUAAUGCUCUCUACUAAUGAUGAGACAACCCUAGAGGUUGUUUUAGAGGGAUUAGAAGAAUGCCCUCAAGGACAAGUACCGAUUCACAAACCGAGAACCAACUUAACCAAUAAUAAACAUACCUCCUAUUCCACAACGUUCCAAAGAAGCAAAAAGCCUCACUACACGCCAAAUAUAGAUAGGGAGUACAAUGAACAUUUUGCAAUUAUCAGAACAUUUGAAAAUACGACCAAAAAGUGGCGUGGAGCACAAGCAUUGUUCAAUAUUAACAAGCCGCAAGUGGCGCAAGAUCAGUAUAGUAAGGCUUGGAUUUGGCUUAAUUACAUACAAAUGAACGUAAGGAGCAGCAUCGAGUUUGGUGUGGCUGUACAUACAAAACUAUAUGAAGAUGACCGUCCAAGACUGACGACAUUUUGGAUGUCGGAAAAUCAACAAGAUGGAUGUUACAAUGCGUUAUGCCCAGAAGGUUACAUCCAAGUUCAUAAAUCAAUCUACCCUGGUAUGGUUUAUGAUCAAAUAAGUGUUCCAGGAGGAGAACAACAGGCUGUCCAUCUUUCUGUUGCCGAGGAUACAGUUACCAAAAAUUGGGUAUUGACGAUAGGAACCGAAAUGAUAGGCUAUUGGCCACGUCAAACUUACAUGGCAGAAGGAGCUUCUGAGGUUUACUUCGGUGGAUUUGCUGGAACUACAUUGCCUGACACCCCAAGCCCACCAAUGGGAACUGGAGAUUUUCCCACAAAAGAUUUGACUCGGUCCUGUUUCAUGAAACAGCUUAAAUAUGUUAUUUCAGAUUAUACAAUAGAGGACAUUAAUUCCAACGAGGUCGAAUCUUAUGUUGAUAAUCCUAAGUGUUAUGGUGUAAUGUACCAUAAGUAUGUAGAUUCUGAUUCUCGAGAGACCCUAACAUUUGGAGGACCUGGUGGACAAUGUGGUAAGUGA